AUGUUAUAUUAUAAACCUAAACAUCUAAAAUCUGUUGUUCCUUCAAUUUUCACAACUGAACCUCCAAGUGCAGCAGAUUCAAUUAUUUUGGAUUCUCGUAUAUUAAGUGAGGAGAAACUAAAUCUAAAUAACAAGUUUGCUUUACUUGAUCAAUUCAGCCAUCGAGCCUUUGAUAUUAAAGAAUAUAAUCUAACUUAAAGAGAAUUACCUAGUAGAAAGAAACACUUUAUUUAGAAUAAUAAAUUAGAUGUUUGGGGAGAAACAACCUUAACACUUUACAGAAAUCAAUUCUUAUAUACAUCUUUAGAUAUUCAUGAAAAAUAUUCACCUGUAGUCUUAUUCAUCUAUGUAAAAAAAGGUGAUCCUAAUACAAAAAUGAGAUUAUUUUGUUCUGUUAAAUUUUAAUAACCCAAUCGUUUCAAUGCAGAAAUCGAAACAUAUGGUCGAGUCCUCAAAUAUCACUCUAGAGAAGGUACAACUUUUUUUGAUCCUACACUUUAUGUUGCUAUAUUAGCACAUAAUGAUGUUGUUAUUACUAUAAAAAAUGAAUUUGCUAAACCUCCAUUACCUAGAAAAAUGCCUUAAAUAAAAAAAAAGGAUGAAUUAUGUUCAGAUAUUGAAGAGUUAGCUGAUUUAAUAAUUCGAAAAAGAAAAUUGAGAUAGAAAUCUCUAAAUUUCAUCAAUCUUAAUAGAUCAUUGCCUAGAAAAUAAAGAAUUGAAUCUCCUUGUAAUACUGAGAGAUUAAAAGAAAUAAAAUUUAAAUAAACAAUCAUAUAAAAGGAAUAAAGUUUAAAAAGAAUUGCUUAAAUAGCAUUACAUGAUGUUGCCAAAGAAAUCAAAUAAAAAUAGAUGAAUAUUCAACUUAAGUAUUAGAUUAUAUUUAUUAAUAUAGAUAAAUGCAUAAAGAAUGGAUUUGUAAGAAAUGGAUUUAGAUUAUUAUUUUAGUAAAUUAAAUAGUACCAUCAAUUAGUAAUUAUAUUAAAGUACAAAAACGUAUAUCAGAAAAGAAUAUGAGGAAAUAAAUAUUGACAAUGUAAUUCAUCAACAAAAUAAAAAAUAACAUUCUACAUUUAGGACCAAAAAUAAAAUUAAGAACCUUAUUACUUUGUAAAAUGAGUAUGUAGAAUUGCAUUAAUAAUCAAAAAGAUAAAAUUAAAUAGAAGAGUUAUAAUAUAAUAAUUGAAAUUCUAAGAUAAAAUAUCAGAAGUUAUAAUACAGUUACAAAAGGCUUACAUACAGUUAAUCUAAGUAAUUGA